UACUCUACAGAUUUAUAUAAGGCAAGGGUGAGUACUUAAUGUACUCAGCAAGCCAAGGAAAAAAAUGACAUGUUCGGUUUAAACAAGUAGGCUAUGGUUUUAUUUGCGAAAGCAGUCUUUUCGGCAAAUAAAUUUACUUGAGUCAAAAUUUUAGUUGUCGGGAGGAGGCUCACGCCUUGUCCCAUUCCACAAGUUGAUUUGCAACAACUUGUCACAAUGAUUAUUAAACAGUAAAUUAACUUGGUUUCUCUGUUAGUUUCUUUUCACUUUCACAAUAACUAGAUUAAAUCAAUCAUAACAACACUAUUUCUCAUAGUUAACCUAGCUAUCUCAACACAACAACACACCUAACUUUGCAAUACCAUUCAUAUAGACCCUAAUGGUGGUUUUGCAAAGUAUUAAUCAAAUGGUGUGUGUUUGCACUAGUUCGUUAUUUUAUUUCCUUAGGAAGCAUUACAUUCUUGCCUCCAAAAUAGUCAUAAUGACCAUUCCGCGGUUGACCACAGUAACCCAGUAUUGUAACAUUCUUGAGACCGGCCAAUUCUUUUGACAGUUACUCUUCAUGGUGAUCAAAUAAUGUUCCUCAGGAAACUAACUUUAAAAUGUAAUCCUGAGUGAAUCCGAGCGGCGAGUCCUAAUUAAAUGGGUUGUGUUUGGCCUGAAAAGAGAAAAAAAAGUAGGGCACAAACAAAAGGUGUGUUAGGUGACUCCAAGUGGGGAAGGUAAGUAUGCGCUCCGCUUCGCCGCCCUGGGCAUCGCCGCCAGCGGCGGCGCCCGCGCGGCCGCCUCCCACGCUUCUCCGACGACCUCAGCCUGCUACUCUUUCGACCGCGCCCUCUGCAACAGUUUCCUCUCCACUGCCGUCGCCGCAGGGUCAACUGAAGAACGCCCUCUGGCGUGACACCCCCCCCCCCACUGCCGCCCAGAUCCGCGGCACGGAUCUCGCCGGGGGGUGUCUCCCAUGUCUCGGCGACGCCGGAUCCGCAGGGAUACUCCGCUCCGCUGAGUGCGCACUCCUUCCGCGACGUCGUAGCAUCCGAGAAGACCUUGGAUUUCAAAUUUGAAAAGUGCCAACAACCCGUUCGCUGCGACUUGAAGAUGGCCCAUGCAGGAAGCCAGCAAAUCACCUAGGUGCUCGCCUCCGCGACGCAACAGCUACUCCACGCCCUACCACGCUAGGCCGGAGAGGGAGAUGGCGCGACGUCGCCACAGUACGGCCGCGGCAGAGGACUUCACUCCUCUUGAGCCUGGUUGGCAACAGGUGAGAGUGCGCCAUUGGUGGCGUCGGGCAGUUCAUUCAAGCCCCGCCCAACCACCAUCUUCAAGGCGACGAGACGUUUCUUUAAUCCAGCCUCCCAGCGAGCCCAGAGUGCCCUCCGGCGCCUUUCACCUCUUCCAGCAAGAAACUUACGGUCGAUGCUUCAUUUGCCUCUCUCGCGACCACCGCGCGGCACACUGCCGUGACCUGGUGCGGUGCUUCCUCUGCCACAAGUCAAGGCACAAAGCGCGUUUCUGUCCCCAACGCCAUUCCUCGGCCCCGGCUAGCGAACGCGGCCCGGAGCGCCGCCGCCAGACUCGCCAGCCAGAGCAGACUCGCCGGCCAGAGCAACUUCCCCGUGCGACACGCCCACCUCCACUGCUCCCUUCCAGCCGCCGCUCGCCAAAACCAACACAGACACGCAGCACCACGCUUCCGCCUCCACCUCCUCGCUCAGUUUUCUCGCCGAUGGCGCAUCUCGGCGACCCCUCUACCCAGCCGGAGGAGGAGUGUUUCAUCCCGACUCCGCACGCCACCGAGGUGGAACUCAAGGAAUGGGAAUCCACGGCGGUCAUCACUUGGGUGGCCAGGGCACCUGCAUCCACCACGCCGAAGGAGGCGGAAGCCAUUUUCAUGGAGGAGCUCCAUCUGAGGGAGGGUGAGGUGGUCGUCUCUCGUCACCAUCCUGAGGCGUUCAUCAUCAAGUUUGCACACCAGCGACAUUGUGUCGAAGCCCUGAAGAGAGGCUCCGUCAAGCGCCGUGGCAUCGAGCUUCACUUCGUCAAGUGGCGAGGCCUCAAAAGUGCUUUAGGCGUCGCCUUGAUGUUCCGCGCCACGCCUGGGACGCGGACACCGUCGAGCGCGUUGUGGCACGCACCUGCGCUCUGGAGAGCAUCGAGACAAGCCUCCUCCACCCGCCGGACACGCGCUGGAUCAGUGUGUGGGCGUGGACGGGAAACCUGAGCUCCAUCCCCAAGCGAGUUUGGCUCAUCUUCACCAGCAG